AUGGGUUGCAGUGUCUCCAAGGUGGAGGACUUCCCCGCGGUGGCUCUGUGCAGAGAGCGGAAGGGGUUGUUAAAAGCUGCAUCGGAGCAACGCUAUGCUCUGGCCGCGGCACAUGUGGCGUAUUUCCAUUCGCUGAGGGAAAUCGGGAGUGCGCUUCGCAAAUUCGCCGAGCAAGACCUCACCACCACCACCACCACCAGUUCUUCCUCCCCGGUUCUUACAUUACCCUCAGAGACCAAAAGCAUCAACAAUAACAAACUCUCAUCCUCUCCUGCUUCAAUCUCUCAUGGGGAUUCCCACGAGGAUUCUCACUUGCCUCUCUCUUCUGGAUCCGAAUUGAGUUCACCUUCUCCUACUCACUCUCAUUCUCAUUCUCACUCACACUCCCAUUCUUCUUCGCCUAACAUUCAUGGUUCCCCAGAACCUGACCCACCUCAUUUCGGGUACUAUCAAAAUUACCAAUAUGCCCAUUACAUGAAAAGGUCUGUCCCUAAUGGAAGACCCAUGAUAUAUGAAGAACCAGAGAGACAUGUGGCAACAAUUGGACAAUGGCCUGAUCCUUCUUAUGGCUAUGGUUUCUACCCAUAUCCCGGUGGGGAUUACCCUUAUUACCCUCCUCCGGGUCCGUCGUCUUCUGCGUCGCCUCCUCCUCCUCCCGCUCCGCCCUCUCCCCCUCGCGUAUCCACUUGGGAUUUCCUCAACUUCUUCGACAACUUCGAGAACGGGUACCCGAGUUAUCCCCCUCGGUUGGGGUCAAGCGCUAGCAGUCCCGAUUCGAAGGAGGUGAGGGAGAGAGAGGGAAUUCCCGAAUUGGAGGACGAAAUGGAGCAGGAAGCCGCGAGAGCGGCUCCGCCGAAGGAGAAGAAAAAGGUGGAAGUGGAAAAGGAGUCCGCUGGAGCGAGGGAUUUCGGAGAAGGGCCUUCGAACACCAAAACUGUGCCGUUGCAGCAGGUGAGUAGCAGCGAGGGGAGUUCCAAGACGGUGAGGUUCCAUGAGGGCAGCGAUAACAGUUCCAUUGAGAAAGAGAUUAAGAGCAGUCCCGACACUGUUGUUUCCGAAGAGCGUGGUGCGAAGAAAGGGGUGAGUUUCGAGAUUGAUGAAGCGCCGGUUACGACUGUGGACGGUGAGUCUUCCGUUCUGAGUAGUGUAACUACUUUGUCUGCGCACGGUACCAGGGAUCUGCGUGAGGUUAUGGAGGAGAUUCAGGAUGAGUUUGUGACAGCGUCGAAUUUUGGGAAAGAGGUUGCGUUGUUGCUUGAGGUUUGCAAACCGCCUUAUCGGUCUAGGGUUGCUGCACUUAGAGUUAUCUUUUCCAGAAUUUUGCAGAUGGUAGCACCUUCCAGGUUACCUUCAGAACCUCCAUCUAUACAAUUUUCUUCUAGGGAAAUAAAAUUGGCACAAACAUACUGUGGGGAACCUGGGAAAGACUUCAAGACAACUCCAGAAAAUCUUUCAUCCACAUUGGAGAAACUUUACGCAUGGGAGAAGAAAUUGUAUAAGGAAAUUAAGGAUGAAGAGAGGUUACGAGCCAUUUAUGAGAAACAGUUCAAGAGACUGAAAACAUUGGAUAAUCUAGGAGCUGAAUCUAGUAAAAUUGAUGCUACUAGAGCAUCUAUUAGGAAGUUGCAAACAAAAAUCAAUAUUUGCAUCAGAACUGCUGAAACUAUAAUGGGAAGAAUACAUAAAUUGAGGGAUAACGAAUUGCAUCCUCAACUUGCAGCAUUGAUUACUGGAAGUUAUGGAGCUAUUGAUUUGAUGAAUAGCCUAUUUGUCAGCAGAUUCAUAAGAAUGUGGAAAUUCAUGCUCAAAUGCCACCAAAAACAGUUCCAAGCUAUCAUGGAAAGUAAAAGUCAGUCCCUUAAGAUUAACGUUGGUCUGCAAGGAGAUGAAGGUCUGAAGGCCAUUGUUGAACUCGAAAAGGAGCUAUUGAAUUGGUGCAGCCAGUUCAACAUUUGGGUUAAGACUCAAAAAUCUUACGUCAAGAAUUUGAAUGAUUGGCUCAUGAGAUGCCUUCCUAAUGAACCUGAAGAAACAGCUGAUGGUAUUGCCCCUUUUUCUCCAAGUCGGCUUGAUGCUCCACCAGUUUUUAUAAUUUGCAAUGAUUGGCAUCAAGCCAUGACUAGAAUUUCAGAAACGGGGGUGGCAGAAUCUAUGCAUGAAUUUGCUCUAAAACUACAUGAGUUAUGGGAACGGCAAGAUGAGGCGCAACGCCAGAGAAUCAAGGCAGAGUAUCUCAGAAAGGACUUCGAGAAACAGCUUAGAACUUUGCGCUCAGAAAUGGGAGGCUCAGAUCAUGAUACAGUUUCAGGAAAGACUGCAUUGUCGAAGUUCACUUCUGAUAGCGGUGUUUCAUCACUAGAUGAUCUAAAAGUGGAUUUAGAUUCUAUGAAGAAAAAGUUGCAUGAAGAGAGGUUCAGGCAAAAAGAAGCCAUCAAACUUGUUCGUGAUGCAGCUAAUAAUAGUUUACAGGCUGGUUUGAUUCCCAUUUUUAAGACAUUAGAGAGUUUCACUUCAGAGGUGGUGAGAGCUCAUGAACAAGUCAGGCUUUAA